AUGGAUAAAUCACCGCAAGAAUUCAAAGAAUCUCCAAAGGAUUUUAAAGGAAGUGAAGAAACCAAAGGCUCACAUGAGGAAGAGAAGAAGGUUCCUGAGAUACCUAAAGCAGCAUUAAUAAAGUCCCAGACUGCUCCUCCAGGAGAAGUUGGGGGUACAUUAGCAGGUCCUGAGGUAAAGGACAGAUAUUUUUACCAAGAGAAGCUUAAGAAUAUCCCAAGCUACGCCUCUGUGCUUAAUAAUCCUAAGAAGAGCAACUUUAUGCAGUGGGUGUACUCAGCCACUGGGGAGAAGAUACUCCCGCCAGAAGUACCAGAGCCUCCUAAAAUCGGGGAUUAUGAGACGUAUAUUAAUAAAAUGAACAAGUCUUAUGCCAAGUAUAUGAAGUACCAUCAAAAAGAAUACGUUGUAUCAGGAGGUAAAUAAGACUAUAAAGAAGGCCGACGCUAUCUCUGCUGUUAAUAGAGUCCCUGAUGAGUACUUCCAGCAGGAUUUCAGACUUUCUAGUGGCUUUUUCAAUAUUUCAAAUAAACAAGAAGCUACUGCAAAGAUCGAACUGUGUGAAGAUUACCUAGAAGUGGUUGAGAAUUUCUUAGUAGCUCAUGUAGCCGAGAACUUCGAUUUCUUCUCUCAGUCGUUUAACAACAUUCGUGAUAUGGAGCAGGAUAUGGGUGAUAUCAAAGAAGCUAUUCAAGAGAUCAAAGCUGUCAAUAAUGAGAAAAGGAAACAAAUCGUUAGUAAUAUGCUCGGGGUGUACUUUCUCAACAGACGGAUGACAAUUAUGAAGCAAAUCAGAAAACAUCUCAAGCUUAUCAAGAUCUUACAUGAAAGUAUUCCUGUUAUUAAGAACCUCAUCAAGAGUGGGACUAAUUUUAACACUGUCACAGAGCUGAUAGAGAAAUGCUUCAGGCUCAUCAAUGAGAAGUUGCAACCGUUGAAAGUAGCACAUAUUUUGAAGGAAAGAAUCAACGAGGCUGAAGGGAAAUCCCAAAAGAAGAUUGAAGAAGAAUUCAGACAAUUGCUCGAAGCUAACUUCAAUUCUAGCAUCCAAUUUAACUCCUGAACAGGCGACGAAGAAGUCCAAGGCCAAAUCAGAGAGUUCUUGGAGGGAGAUUUCAGAGCAGAAGUACUAGACCAUACGAAAUUUUCAAUGAUCCACCAGUCCUGGUCAUUCUUCUUGUUGACUGACAAAAAGACAGUUUUCACGAAGUUCAGCUUCUUGAUGAAGAAUUUGUUAAAAUGAGGCAAAGAAAAUGAAAUUAUCACUCAAAUGAAGAGCAAAUUUACUAAUAACUCCAAAAGAUUUUAUCACUUGAUGCUAGACUCUCUGAUGACUAUGAUAAAAGGCAAAAACGUUAGCAUCGAAAGCAAGAAGGAAGUCUUCAAACAUUUAGACGCUGAAGAUAUUCUCGCAUCUUUCUUCUUAAUUUACCUCAUUUUUUCAGGUGUGUACAUUUCUCUUGAAAGGCUCUCAUCCAUUCUGUUUAAUCUCUGUGAUGCUAUGAUCGCUGAAGAAGCCUCUCCGAUUGGCAAAGAAGAUGAUGUAAAGUCUGAUAGGUCUCAUGGACACUUGGGUGUGAAUAUUGACUUGAUCUCCGAGGAGAAUAAGACUGAUAAUUUAAAAUCCCCUAGAUUAUUAGAAAGACAGAGCAAGGACAAUCUCAUCAAGAAAGAAGUGGAGAUGAAGUACUUUAAAGGACAGGUUCAAGAAGUUAUGAAGUCUACAACAGAUUACUUUGUCAAGAAAAUAGUCAAGUCCUUACAGAUCGCAGAGCCUAAGAUAUGUACGAUAAAUAUUGAGGAAGUCAUCAUUCUAAAGCAUUACUUCAAUGAUCUGGCGAAUAUAUUAAAGAACAAGUAUGAUAUAGAAGUCCAUUCUAUCCAAACAGCUAUUGAUAAUGUUAUAUUGGGCUAUAUCAAUAAUUUUAGCAAGAAGAAGACUGAUGCCAUGGAGACUUUACUCAGACAUGAGGAGUGGAAGACUAUCCAGGUUUCACCCUAUUUCCAGGGCAUUAUUAGCGUAAUCAAUGACCUACAGAUCGAAGACCAAGACUUCCUUAAUUUCGAUAAACAAGGGGAACAAGAAUUUGCUGACCAUUUGAUAGUUGAUGGUACCAAGUUUCAGGUUAUUAACUCCACAUGUGAAAUAGCAAAAUUAUUUUAUGAGUUUAUCAAAAUCAUCAGAUAUUUUCCAAAUGUUGCUACACAAGUAGCAAGUCAUCUCACCAAUCUGCUGAAGGUUUACAAUGUGAUCAGCUGAGAACAGAUCCUUGGUAGCCAAGCCUUUCAUUCUAAAAUUCUCGAGAGGGGAAUCACUGCAAAACAUCUUGCUAUUACUUACCAAAGCUUGAGCUUUAUAUUAGUGGAAGUACCUUUCUUGCAGGAACAAAUUCUAUGCAGGGUUGAAGAUAACCAAGAUGGGAUUAAGAAGGAAUUUGACCUAAUUAUGUCUGACAUUGACAACCAUAAGACACAAAUCUUGAACAAGCUCUCUAAAAUAUUAUGAGAUGUGAUAAGAAAGUCAAUGAGUGAGCCAGUUCCCUCAUCCUACACUAGUGGAGAAGUGAUCGAAAACAUCGAAAGUCUAGAAGCAAGUCCGUACAUAAAGGCAAUUUCUAAGAGUAUGAACUCUUUGAACAGAGUAAUCCUGAGCACAUUAAACGAGGAAUCUCGGAAGAUAAUCUUCACUUCGGUAUUCCCCACCUUUAUCGAUGAGAUAGACUCUUUUGUAGAUGAGCAUUUCAUCAAUGACCAUAAUGAAGAAGGAUUUACCAUCUUCAAGCAUGACUUAGGAUUUCUGGAGAAAGAAAUCACUGAUCUCGCCAAGAACAUCUCAACUGGCCAAGCCUUUAUCCACAGGAUUGGUGAGAUUCAAGGCGCCGAACUGAACGACUUUGACUUGGAAAGCGAAGAAGAGGAGGAAGAGUUCGGGGCGUAAUGGAUAGUUCGAGUCAUAAUUAGGAAAUCAUACUCUUUUUGCAAUAUUUUAGG